AAAUCUAAAAUGGGGAAUUUUAGGUCUUACUGUAAACACAUUUUUUGUCACAUUAUAUCAGUCAAGGAUAAAGUCAAAAAUGAAACAACAACUGCUACUACAUGUGCUAACAGUGUGCUGCUUCCUGCAGUACUCCAUGCAACAACAGGAAAUAGAAACAUUUCAAGAUCCGCAGACAAGAAAUGUGGAAAUUGUGAAUGGAACCUGGACACGACUACAGGUCACGAUCGCAUACCCAAGGAGCCUAGAUAAAGAAUUCAUUCCAAGUAUACGCCAUAACAGUGGCUGCCCGCUGAGGGCUGAGAUCACAGAUCUGCCGUUUCAAGUAUACCUAGCAGAAGAUACCGACUGUCCUGUACAGUUCUAUGAAGAGCAGCGAUACUUGAGCACACGCUGUGACAAGCUAGUGAUGCUGGUGCAAGGCACAACAGAGUUGAACGGCCAUGAAAUACAACUCUGCCUGCACACAGAAUUGCCAACAUCUGAUUUUCCUGUGGAAUCCAAUUUGCCAAACAACUACACACUGACAAUCAUCGGUGACUCCAACGACACAGACGACUCCCCUACACGACCCCCUGCAGUGAAUGCAACACAACCCCCUGUUAUAGCACAAGAACCAUGCACUAUUCUACCUAGCUUAUUAUCAGAAUUAAUUCGAAACACAACACAAGAAACAAAGGAAACUAAGGAAACUAGAGAGAGAGAUUCAAUAAUAACCAUGGUCUUACUCGCGAUAACAAUUGCUCUAGUUUUCAUGGUUCUUGUAGUCACUGUCGUCAUCUUAUAUGUAUUGUGCACCUUAUAAAAACAACUAAAGAAAUAGGGACCACUCAAAAAACUGUAGUGAAUGUGGAUUCAAUAAUUGGCUAUUAUUAUUAUUAUUAUGUUUGAGUACUCACAGACACGUAUGUGAUUAUAUAUUUAUGAUUAUGAGCUCA